AUGAGUUUUCCACACUGACUGAUGACGAGGUGUUGGUGUUAUUCUGUUUUCUGUGUUCUGACUCCAGUCCUCCAGACUUCACUGAAACAGAAUGGCUGGACUUGCUUAAUGAGAUACGACAGAGAGCAGAUGAUAAAAAUAAUCCUGUAAAAAGUGAGGAAGCACAGCAGACUCUGGACAGACUGAAGUCACGUGAUUACCUUUGGGAAGAUCAGGACAAGAUAACGAAGGACACAAAGGAUGAGACAAUGUAUAGAAUAGCAUCAAUAAACAGUGUUAUACCAUUCAAUUACAGUAGUUAUAACACAGCCAGUGUGUACCUGAGAUCAUGGGGAUACAACAGAAAACCUGGAGAGAAGUGUGUCAGUAGAUAUGACAGUGAUCCCUUACUGAUACUCCGUCUACAGAUGAACAUACUGACUCACGUCACCAUGGAGGACACGGGUAUAUAUGAUGAGAUACAGCAGACAUUAAAUAUCCCAGAAAAUAAAAUUAAGAAUAAAGAUGAACGAGAAAAAUUUCUUACGGAACUAAGAAGAGAAGGGGAGGCUGUACAUUACAGGGGAAGAUCACAGGACAGUGUAGAUCACGUGACGUGGCUCUGGAGAUACUGGAGACCUGACAUCGUGAGAUCCUGUAUAGGUCUACAUCCACACAACGACAUUUACAUCAUCGACAACAAAGCUUACAGGAAACCAAAUAAAAUCCUUAGCUAUCCAACGAAAGUCAGAUGUCUACUGUAUUGUUUACUUAUAUCUGAGAAAUAUCGGAUUAAGUUCAUUGAACAAUCACACAAAAUCAUAAUGGAAAAAAUCAGACAGAGGUAUUUCCCUGAUAUUACUGAUGACGGCUCGGUAGAUCCCCCUGAUGGAUUCACAGAAACACGUGACGGUGUUAUAACCUUUAUAUCAGACGACAUCCGACAUGACGUCAUGUACGCCUUUGUUACGGAGUGUCUGGUGGAGGACAGUGAUCUGGAGUUUUUCCUGACCACGGCGUCACGUGACGUGAUAUCAGAAUACUGCCGGUCCUGGGAUUAUAAGAGGAGUGAGGGGGAGAGAUGUCUGUAUUUACCGAAUAGACCGUGGGAGAUGUACGACCUCUUCAUAGACAGUCUACAGCUGGACAUCAUCACACACUGUACCGUGUCUGACGAGAUGAUUCAUGGCAGGAUCAGUGAACGUUUGAAGAUACCCGAAGAAGUAUUGCGUUGGGACAUAGAAGCAAGAAAAAGGUUCGUCAAAAUUUCAAGUCAAGGCAGUGUGAACAUGUGCCGAGCCAGAGGAAUGAUAGUGGGAUGCGCAGGCGCAGGAAAAACGACUCUGCUUAGAAGACUUCAAAGGGAAAACAAAGAAGAAAACAAACAACCAACAGAGACAACCGUCGGUCUUGAUAUUCACGAGGAUUUGUUUGAAAUUAAAGAUGACACAUUAAUAGAUUUUGAUAAAAAUGGAACCCAAUCAGACAAGACUUCUAACAACACAGAUGGAAGACAACUUAUAAGUAUGACGGACUUCGCUGGACAAGUAGCGUAUUACGCGUGUCAUCAGAUCUACCUCUCAAGAAGAGCCUUUUAUCUCGUGGUGGUUGACAUGUCUAAAGAUCUGAAGGAGAAAGCUAUAUCAUACGACACUGACAGACACAACCCCAUAGGAUCUUUAUUUCAUAACUGGACAUUUGCAGACUACUUUUCGUUUUGGCUGCAAUCCAUUAAAACCUACUGUGAGGAUGGAAAGUCUAAAGAAAGUCGAUAUGAUGAAAUCAAGGCCACCCCUGUUAUCCUGAUUGCCUCACAUCAUGACUGUGUCAAG